UUAACAACUACCUUUCUUGAUAAUUUAUAAGCUUUUAAAUUAUCAUGUGAUAUAUUUUGAACACCCUCUAACUUAGAUUAUUGCUAGUAUUGUACAGCCAUUUUUUUUUUUAAUUUAUAAAAAAAACAUCGAAUAGUGGAAUAAGUAAAGCAGUUGGUAAGAGUGUGGCAAUGGCGGCAUCGUCGUGUAUCUUCUGCCAAAUCGCCCGCUCUUCAACAUCCACCAUCCUCCUUCACCAGGAUCAUAAAGUUAUUGCUUUUCAAGAUAUUAAUCCAUCUGCGUUCAGGCAUUACUUGGUGAUUCCGAUUGAGCACAUUCCAACAGUGAACGAUCUUCACAAGAGAUCAGAAGACUAUACAUUAGUCAGUCACAUGUUAAAUGUUGGUCAAACCCUAUUGCAAAGAGAUGCACCUCAGGCAAAGGAGUAUAGAUUUGGGUUCCACCAGCCUCCGUUCAAUAGUAUCGAUCACCUGCAUCUUCACUGUUUGGCACUUCCGUUUAUUCCCAGAUGGAGAGAGUUAAAAUACUCGUCUUUAGGGCCACUUGGGGGAUUUGUUGAAGCAGGGAUGUUGUUGGAGAGGAUAAAGCCUUCAUUCUGAAAUUGUUGUGGAUUUCAUCUUCUUUAUUAAAUUGUUGUAAAUUAACCAAUUGUUUGCAUUGGAUAUUGCUUUAUGAUAUAUUGCAUUGCAUACACUUAUGUAGUCAUAAUGAAAAUAUACAUGCACUCGAAUAGCAAGUACAUAGAAUCACUUCCCGGAAAGUGUCGUGUAAAUGCUCUGGUUAAUAAUGUUAUGUGCCGAUUUCUGGCUACUUAUAUAUAUACAUUACAUUUAUUU